CCUCAGAGGAUGGUCCCGAGGGCUGGGGUCCCUCUGCCCUGGCUGCUGGCCGCGUCCCGAGGGCCCUGUGAGGCGCUGCGGGUGCGCGCCCAGUGCGGCCGAGCCCGAGCAGUGCGGCCUCCCGAGGGAACCUCCCGAGGUUUAACGGGGCCGAGAGGAAGGGUCGGGACGACCCCUGGAAACAGUAGAGAAUGUCUUUUCGUGGAAGAGGAGGUGGAGGAGGAAGAGGAGGUGGCUUCAACCGUGGAGGAGGUGGUGGUGACAGAGGUGGCUUCAACCGCGGUGGGCGAGGUGGCUUUGGACGGGGAGGUGGAAGAGGAGGCUUCAACAGAGGAGGAUAUGACCAGGGCCCUCCAGAAAGGGUAGUUUUGUUGGGAGAGUUCAUGCAUCCCUGUGAAGAUGACAUAGUUUGUAAAUGUAAAACAGAAGAAAACAAAGUGCCUUAUUUUAAUGCCCCAGUGUACCUGGAUAAUAAGGAGCAGAUUGGCAAAGUGGAUGAAAUAUUUGGACAGCUGAGAGACUUUUAUUUUUCAGUGAAACUGUCUGAAAACAUGAAAGCCUCUUCAUUUAAAAAAAUGCAAAAGUUUUACAUUGAUCCAGCAAAGCUGCUGCCUCUUCAGAGAUUUUUGCCAAGGCCCCCUGGAGAAAAAGGUGCUCCCAGAGGAGGUGGUAGAGGAGGACGUGGUGGUGGACGUGGUGGAGGAAGAGGUGGUGGUAGAGGAGGAUUUGGAGGAGGCAGAGGUGGAGGAAGAGGAGGAGGAUUCAGAGGAGGUAGAGGCGGAGGAGGAGGAGGAUUCAGAGGAGGAAGAGGUGGUGGAGGAGGCUUUCGGGGAAGAGGACAUUAAAAAUGGAGCCAUGAGUAUCUCCUCAUUGUCUAUCAUGUCAUCUGCAGAAGCAAAGAACCAUGAAAAACUUUUUGUAAAGGACCUUGUAAAUCUUUUUAUAAAGAACUUGAAGCUACAAAUGACAGUUAUUUUUACACUUCAUGACUGUUGAUGGACGCGUGAGGAGAGUGUAGCCCCAGGUGAAGAGCUGAAGAUUGCUCAGAAUAUGUGUAAACUUUUCUCACGGAGCCACAAUUUGAUGUUAUUAUUAAACUGUUUGUUUCUGACAAGCAGUCAGUGCAGUCAGUGCUUAACUCCAUGUUGGAGCUGGGAGUAAACAAUCAGUUGAAAUGGGUUUUCAAAAGACCCUACAGGUUCACUGUAUGCACAUACUUCAGUGUGAACCUGUGCGUGACUGAUCCUUGGUUCUCAUCCUCCUUUUGUAUUGAAUCUUCUGGGCUGCUCUGAAAUGGAUGUGCCAUUUAAACAACCUUUGUGAAUCUUUUUUUAUAAAUUAAAUUUCAAACUUU